AUGGAUGACAGGGGAGAAGCGUCUGAUAACCUUAGCAUGUUGGAAUAUCAUUCCAAUGAAGACGAGGAUGGUACAAAGAAAAAUAAUACAAAUGAAGAGGUAGAAAGUACAAGCAAUAUAAAUACAACCGGUGAAAUACCGGAAAAUGAUAUAAAAGAUAUUGAAAGUGAAUUAAAAAGUGUAAGUGAAAUAAAACAUACAAGUGAACUUCAAAAUCAUGUGGAUUGCAACUCUGGUGAAGUACCGGAAAAUAGUGAUAUGCAAGAAAGUGAAUCUGGAAUUAAAAGAGACAUUUUAGCGUCUUUGGGUCUAAAUGACCAAAGCAGUACUACUCUCAAAGUUGAUAAAGAAGAUUCUGAUAACAUAGAUGAGAGAUUGAAAGAUAUAAAUACUCCUGAAGACACUAUAAGCAGAGAUAGAGAUGACUGUACACAAGAAUCCACAUCAGAAAAUAUAAUUCAAGAAGAGAAAACUGAUAAUAAUAUUGAUAAUGAAAUUGAAGAGGGGGAUGAAAAAAAAGAUGAAGUAGGGAAACCGGAAUUUGAAACUGCUCCAAAUGUUUCUAUAGAUGAGCCUCAGGAAGACCAUACACAGGCCUUAGACCCAUUUGAUGCUCUUUUGAGAGAUAUUGGCGAUUCUACGUCAGAGACCAAGGAAACGGCGACUCAAGCCACCGUGAAUUUGGUAGAUGAGGACGAUGACAAUGACAACGUAGACCACGCUGAUGACUUGCCACGAGAUGAUGAGGAAGAACAUCAUACAGAAACAUCUUUAGAUGAUAGUGUAGUCACUGAAUUGAAUGAAGAGCCGGGUGCGGAUGAAGAGGUGUGCUUACUACCUGACACAGAACGCGAGAUAUCUGAUGCUGACAAGGCUGAAGCUGAGAAAGUUCUCGCCGAAAAGCGGAAGCAGGCUGAGGCCGAGGCAGCUGCAACGGAAGCACAGAAAGAGCCUAAGAAGGAGAAUGAAGUUGCAGUGGCAGAUGAGAGAAGGUAUAGUACUGAAGAGCCUUCGCAUAAUGAGGAAGGUGGGGCAAGUGAAAAUGCUGAAGCAGAAAGUGUUCAAGAUGAUCUUUCGCAGGAAAAUGGAGAAAAAGAAAAUGAUGAAUCGACAGAAGCCGAAGUAAGCUUUGUAUCUAAUACCAUACAAGAAAUCAGUCCCUGUACUGCAACAUGUGUUCAGUGUAAAAUAGAAACAUCUUGUAGUUAUCGAUUCGCUACCAAAGAAGUGAAGGAAAACUACAUUUGCGGCGAAAGUUGUCUAAAAUUAUUUCAAGCUGAUCAUCCGUCUCAAUAUACAGUAGCUUGCAGGAAAUAUCUAAUAGAAGAAAUUACACCGAAGCCGCUUAUGUGCUCAGAAUGUGAGGAGAAAAAGCUCUGCUACUUUUACUAUAAUUUUGAUGGAGAAGACACAAACUAUUGCUCAGAAGAAUGUUUACACAGUAUGAUGGCAGAUGAAAAGGAAAAAUAUAUUUUCAAAAGAUUGCGGAUAAUAAUUGAAGAGAAAGUACGAAAAGAUGUAGAGUGUCUCGUAUGUAAAGAAACGAAAAAAUGUCAAUACCAUAUGCUGCGGUAUGGAAAAGCAUAUUCAAUAUGUGACCUUAACUGUGUGAAAAUGUUAAAUGAUUCAGAAGAAGGAAGAUACACAAUAAGAAAUAGGCGGUCAGGUCGAAAGCAAGCACAAACGAACACAACACAGGCUAACACAGCUCCAAGUAACCCUCCUUUGUUAAAACUAAAAGUAAUAAGUAAUGCCACAGAUAAAUAUUUAGACGAAGCAUAUAAAAUUCAAGCAAAAACUCCAGCAAUGAUAAAAGCAGCAAGAGAAGAAAGGGAACGCACUUUUGUUCGUACAUGCUCACAAUGUAAUUUGAUAUUAACCUCUGAAGAAAAAAUUUUAACAUGGGAGACAAUGGAUUUCUGUAAAGAAACCUGUUUAGGCAGAUACCAGAAUGAUAUUGGGUCGCAGUGCGCUAAUUGUUCAAACCCUGUACAACACACUAGUUUAGGAAAAUAUUGUGUAAGGUUUGGUUAUGUUAUUCGUCAGUUUUGUAACUCGGGUUGCUUGGAAGAAUUUAAAAAGGGCUUGAAGAUAUGUUGUUAUUGUCAAAGAGAUAUAUCAGUAGGCCAUGAAGGUUUUUUGGCACCUGUGGGUGAUAAAGGCCAGUUUAAAGAUUUCUGUUCUCAAAUAUGUGUGGACAAAUUUGACCAAAUGAGUAAAAACCCUGUCCCUCAACCUGUUUGGGCUAAGUGCGCGGUUUGCUCAUUACAGAAAGCCACACCUAUAGAAGUGGAAGUUGGCGAAGAUGUUACACAGAGGCUAUGUUCAGAUCCUUGUUUUGCUGCUUUUAAAUUUGUAAAUAAUAUAUUUCCAGAUCAAUGUCGUUGGUGUAAAAAAUACUUUGAAAGGAAAUUGAACAAAUGCUUCACAAUUUACGAAAGUUCCAGUCUAAAUUGUUUCUGCUCAAAGUCCUGUAUGAAUGUAUACAUUAGUAAUUCACGACAUAUUGUGCCUUGCAACUGGUGCAAGGUGAAGAAAUAUAAUUUUGACAUGAUCAGACGUGAUCAACCGAAUGGACAAUCAGUUUUGAUGUGCUCAUUGAAUUGUUUGAAUCUGUAUCAAGUCUCUGUGAAUGCUGUUUCAUCAAAAAGGACAAAAUGCGACAUGUGCAAGCGUACAUCACUGGCUCAAUACCACUUGACUAUGUCAGAUGCGACAGUAAGAAACUUCUGCACAUAUCAGUGUGUCAUGUCAUUUCAGGGUCAAUACUCGAAACACGCUGCUCCAUUGGUGUCGGGUGACUCAGUGGAACAAACAAAAGCAGUGCCCACUGGUGCGCCCAGGCGUACUUACUCAAAUAAGAAUAAUGCUGCAGCCAAAAAUCAGCGUUCGUCGGGUCUGCCGGUGAUAUCUAACGUGAAGUCACUAGCGCCGCCGCCGCCUCUAGCAACGUCGGUGACGCGCGGCAAGUCGAAGCGGCUGGCCGCGGCGCAGGCGGCGCCCGCCGAACCGGAGCCCCAGGCGCCCAGCACGCCGCCCCCCUCCCCCCGAAGCCCCCCACACCUCCUCCACCACCCCCUCCAAAAAUUUACAAUCACGUUAUUGUAA